AUGAGCACAGAGGAGGGAGAGGCGAGUUCAGCUUGUGGGGAGGCGAAGGGAGGCACCACCGUCACCCACUGCCACAACUGGGACGAAGGCGAGCCGCACGGCUCCCAAGGACGUCCAGUCCCCGACCAUGAGGACGAGGCAGAGCAGGGAGAGGAGGAAGAGGAGGAGGAGGAGGGCGGCCGGGAGGGCCGGAGCUGCGGGGACGCAUGUGGGGACAACAACGCGGGGAAUUUUUCCAGUGAGGAUGGGGCGGUCGGGGGCAGAUCGUGCAAGGUGCAGCCGAUGCAUUCAAACUGCAGCAGUGAGACCUGCAUCCCCACUCCCAGCUGUCGGAUCUGCUUCCAAGGCGCAGAACAGGGCGACCUGCUGAACCCGUGUCGGUGCGACGGCUCGGUGCGUUACACCCACCAGCACUGCCUGCUGAAGUGGAUCAGCGAGCGAGGCUGCUGGACCUGCGAGCUGUGCUGCUACCGUUUCCACGUCAUCGCCAUCAACAUGAAGAGACCGUGGCAGUGGCAGUCUAUCACCAUCACCCUGGUGGAGAAGGUGCAGAUCAUCGCCGUGUUCCUGGGCUCGCUCUUCCUGGUGGCGAGCAUCUCCUGGCUGCUGUGGUCGGCCCUCAGCCCGCAGGCCGUCUGGCAGCGUCGUGACGUCCUCUUCCAGAUCUGCUACGGCAUGUACGGCUUCAUGGACCUGGUCUGCGUAGGCUUGAUUGUCCACGAGGGGGCAGCAGUGUACAACGUCUUCAUGCGCUGGCGGGCCGUCAACCUGCACUGGGAUGUUCAGAGCUACGAUAAAGCGAAGGACAUGGAGGAGACGAGCACUGGCCAUUCCUCACUGGCCCCCAGGACGCUGUGGUUGCCUCUGGCCACCUUCGGGCCCAGCGGCCCCUUACAGCCCACCCAGCUGGGGCCGCAGCCGUGGUCCUGCCUCUGUUUGGCCCCCUUCUGCCCCGGCCUGUUGCCCCGAAACGACCUCAGCCAGGACAGUGACUCAGGAGAGGUCGUCAUUCGUGUAACAUCAGUGUGA